CAAGUGUCCUGAUGACGAUUCCGCUAUUCCAGCAGCAGUUUCUGUCCUCAAUCAGGGCCUUUCUGUCCCUACUUGCGACUACAGAAGCUAAGGAUCUCGACUACAUCCAGUCAAAGCUCUUGCCACACAGGCUGCCGUUACCUGCUCCAUCCUGCGAGACAACUCAAGCUACCCCGAGCCAGUUUCUCUCCAGUUCGGACGCUAGUGAGACUUCCCAGCAGUCCGACGUUCGUCUUACUACAGGCAGCAGGCAGCCACUCCCUGUGGGUUCCGCUCCUCAUCUAACUACAGCAAAAUAG